AUGUCUGGUAAAGAAAUUCGUAUUGUAUCUCUAUUGAUACUAGAUACUAUCUUCUUCCUUUUGGAAUUGAUCAUUGGUUAUCUCUCCCAUUCAUUGGCUUUGAUCGCUGAUUCUUUCCAUAUGUUGAACGAUAUCAUCUCUUUGAUAGUGGCUCUUUGGGCUGUCAAUGUAGCAAAAAAUAGAUCCCCAGAUGCUAAAUAUACUUAUGGUUGGAAAAGAGCUGAGAUUUUGGGUGCUUUGAUAAACGCUGUCUUCCUAAUGGCUUUAUGUUUCUCCAUCUUAAUCGAAGCUCUACAAAGACUAAUAGAACCUCAAGAAAUUAAUAACCCAAAAUUGGUUUUAUACGUGGGUUGCGCAGGUUUGAUCUCAAAUAUAGUAGGUUUGUUUUUGUUUCAUGAUGUGGGUCAUGGGGGUCAUUCUCAUUCCCACAACGAUGAUGAAGAAAAUUCAAACAAUACUUCCUUAAAUCCACAUUUACAUGACGCAAUCUCUUCUUCCACUGACAACAUUAACGACGUAAUGCCUCAAAACGUAGUCGCUAGGGAAUCGUCAUAUCUUUUAGGCAAUGGUACAGGCUCUCACAACAAUAACAACCAUUCAGAUUCUCAUAACCAUUCUCACGCUGAUAGUAAUCAUGACCAUUCUCAUGGAAAUACAAAAAAUCAAGCUUCUCAUGGCUCUUUAAACAUGCAUGGUGUCUUCUUACAUGUUUUGGGUGAUGCGUUAGGUAAUAUAGGUGUCAUUAUCGCAGCUCUUUUCAUUUGGAAAACAGAUUACUCUUGGAAAUAUUACACUGAUCCAAUCGUAUCUUUAGUCAUCACAAUCAUCAUCUUUUCUUCAGCUUUACCAUUGUCUAGGAAAGCUUCAAAAAUUUUAUUACAAGCUACUCCUUCCACUAUUUCCGCAGAUUCUGUUCAAAGAGAUAUUUUGGCCAUCCCAGGUGUCAUCUCGGUUCAUGACUUGCAUAUUUGGAACUUAACUGAAUCAGUUUUCAUUGCAUCAGUCCAUGUCCAAGUAGACUCAACUCCAGAUAAAUUCACAACUGUUGCUAAACUAAUUAGAGACGUUUUCCAUAACUAUAAUAUUCAUUCAGCUACCGUCCAACCUGAAUUCGCCUCAGGCAAUGUUACCUCUGAACAAAGUAGGAAAUUCUCUCUCUUGGCAGGAGGUAACCCACACGGUCCAAACUCUGCAUCCUCUUUAGACAGCUUAUCUCAAAGCGGUCGUUCUGCAUAUGGUUCAACUGCAGUUGAUAGAUACUGUUUGGUCGAUGAAGUUUCAAAUUGUAAUACAAGUGAUUGUUUACCAAAAUGA